UGCGGCAGAGGGGCGGGGCGGAGGUGGGUGUGUGGCUCAGCUGAUACACGCAUCCGCUGACUAUCAUCAUCAUCAUCAUAAUCAUCAUCCGAGACCCGCUCCUGUCAAGAUAAACACCGCUCGCUGGUGUGUGGACCCGCGGUGGACGCGACGGUGAAUGAACGCGGCCGAGGUGACGCGCGUCGCUGUCCGCGGUGCUGAAACAUGUCUGGCUGGAGGUCCGGCAGCUGUAAUGGCCCAUGCGGAGGGUUGCGGGGUUGAGUGACGAUCUGGUUCCCCCAGCAUGGGUAGUGUAGGCAGUGGGGUGGCCGGUGAGCAGGAGUUUGCCAUGAAGAGCGUGGGCACACGCACCACCCUCCCUCGUGGCCCGCCCCUGUCCCGCCGCGGCCCCUCCGACCGCAGCUGCAGCGCCGAGCGUCUCCACGCGCCCCCGUCCACCUCGGAGGGCUCCAGUGAUGAAAGAGGCGGGAGCAGCACUACUACAGAUCGAGGCCAGCUCAACAUCGCCUCGUCCCGCCUGGAGAGGGUUCCCGCCAACGGGAACGGGCUGGAGGGAAACACCACGGGCCGCAGGGACGGACACCGAACUGGGGGAGGAGUGUCUAUGGAUGCUUGUGGUAAUGUCGUUGGCCACGGCGCGGAGAAGAACCAUGAUGGUGUGGCACCGGUAAAGGGCAGAGACGGAAACAACACCAAGAGAGACAGUCGCACACCACCCAAGAUUCUUGCUGUCUCGGGGAAACUUGAGCAGAACAGUUCUGCUCUGGUCCGUCCUUCUGCCUUCAAACCCGUCGUGCCCAAGAGUUUUCACUCCAUGCAGAAUCUGGUCGGUCAGUCAGGAGGAGGCGGACGCUCUGCUGGAAGCGGCGGCGGAUCCGACGCCCCACAGUCCCUCUGUGAGCAGGACAGUCCGGACCGGGACCCUUCAGGUGGAAACGACGGUCAGGGCGGCAUGUCUGACUCCGGGAGGAACUCCCUGACCAGCCUUCCCACGUACGCGGGGCCCAGUAUGAGCUACGGCCCCCCUCAAGCUCUCGGUCCCCUCAGUGCCUCAACCAGCCACAUCAACAGACUGAGCAGCACAGCGGCGCCGCUGGAGAAAGCCGACAAGCCCAACUAUCAGAACGGCCUGAGUGUAUCCGACAGCGGACAGUCCUCCUCCGGGAAGAGCUGCUUAUCAUAUCACAGACUCUGUCAUCUGACGGACACGAGUGCCACCGUCCAGCCGUCGCCCUCCACUGAUGACAUCAUUCAGGACCUGGAGGAUCGACUCUGGGAGAAGGAGCAGGAGGUGAUUCACAUGCGGCGUAAUCUGGACCAGAGCGAGGCUGCCAUCGUGCAGGUGUUCGAGGAGAAGCAGCGCGUGUGGGAGCGGGAGAUGGAGGAGCUGAGGCAGAACUACGCCGGCCGGCUGCAGCAGGUGACCCAUCGGGCCCAGCGCACGCAACAGGCCCUGCAGGCGCACAUCGGCCGGCUGCAGCAGGACAAGGGCCGCCUGCAGGAGGAGAUCAGCGCCCUGCUCGCCCAGAGAGAGGAGCUGGAGAGAAAGUGCCUGGAUUACCGCAAGGAGCAGGCGGAUAUUCUGCCCCGGCUGGAGGAGACCAAGUGGGAGCUGUGUCAGAAGGCGGGCGAGAUCUCUCUGCUGAAGCAGCAGCUGCGGGAGAGUCAGAAUGAGGUGACGCAGCGGGCCGGAGAGAUGGUGGCCCUCAGGGGUCAGCUGAAGGAGCUCAACGCCCAGCUGAAGGAGCGCGAGGAGACCAUGAUCGGCCUGAAGGACUCGUACGCCAACAAGAGCCGAGAGCUGGAGAGAUGUGAAGGAGAACUGAAGAGAACGCUGACAGAGGUGUCGAUGUUGCGUGACAAGCUGGUGGUGUUCGAGGCCGAGGUUCUGGGUCUCAAACGGGCUCUGAGCGAGCUGAGCUGCAGGAACGACCGCGCCGCGGCUCUAAGCGCCAUCAGCGGCAGCAGCAGUUUACCGUGGGCCGGACUGCACUCGCCCCGCACGCCCGAACCCCUGACCGCGCUCACACCCCUCAGCGCCACCGUCGACACCUUCCUCAGCCUGCAGAGCGAUGAGGCCAAAGCGCAGCGGCAGGAGGCGGGAGAGCUGCGGCGUCAGCUGGAGCGUCUGCAGGGCGAGCUGCACCUGGAGCGGCAGCAGCGCGAGCGGCAGGCGCUCACCUUCGCUCAGGAGCGCCACACCUGGCAGGAUGAGAAAGAGCGCGUGCUGAAGUACCAGGCGCAGCUGCAGCUCAGCUACGUGGAGACGCUGCAGAGGAACCAGGCACUGGAGGAGCGGGUCGGGCAGCUCGGAGCCAAACUGGUCACGACGCCCGGAUCCCCGCCGCCCGUCAGCCUCUCGAUUCCCGUCCCGGUGACCAUCACUCUAUCCCCGGCCGCGGACGAUCCCAAACCGCCCGCCCUGCAUCAGCUGGCACCGCCGUGGCCGGGACCUUCUCGCUUGGAGCGGAUCGAGUCCACAGAGAUUUAGACAUGAACUUUUGUAAGAGACAAUCGACGUCUGCGCAACAGAGACCCGAAGAGGGCUGAGAUGAAAGAAAGACGAAUGCACACGUUUCUGCAGCUUUUAUUGACCUUUUGACAUCUGCUCUUCAGCGAUAUGAAAGGGGUUCUACACUACCGGUCAAAAGUUUGGAAUAAUUAUGAUUUUUUAAAAUUUUUUGAAAAGCUAAUAUUUGAUCAUAAAUAAAGUAAAAUUAUAAAAUAUUAUUGCAAUGUAAAACAGCUGUUUUCUAUGUGAAUAUAUAGUAAAGUGUAAUUUAUUCCUGUGAUCAAAGCU